AUGCGAGAUACACUUAAAAGUCUGAAAGAAGACGCGUCCAUCAUGGUUCUCCCAGUACACAAAGGGCGCGCUAGCGUAGUCAUGGAUACCGACACCUACCGAGCUAAGAUGUCUACGCUUAUUGAGAACGGACCGUACCAGCUCCUCAAUAAAGAUCCGACAGACUGUCUGACUUGCAAGUUGUCGGAAAAGCUGCUUACCUUGAAGCGAAGCGGAUAUCUAUCAAACGCCGUUUGCAACGGUUACCGGUUACCUCGCCACCAGGGAGACUCGCCACCAGCGAACUCGCCACCAAGGAACGAUCUCGCCACCAACGUACUCGCCACCAAGCGAAGUCUUCUCGCCACCAACCACCAAUAAAGAGAUAAACUAGAAUAAAGUAGUCGAGGAGAGUAGGAUGUUCGAACGAGCACAAUUCAAAUCGGCCGAUACGUUUGUGCGCUUGUCUGUAUUUAAAUCAUGACCUUCAGCGACGUGUUAGAUGUGUUCCGUUCCUAACUCAUUGACAUCGAAACGUAUCGUGUUUGUCUUUUGCACGUAAGCGAGGAGAAAUUGCAAAACUCGAUGCGAGGAAUAAAAACUUACUUGAGAGAAAAUGAAACUUCAUGGGAAGAAAUAAGAGAUGAAAUGAAACUCGAUAGCAGUUGUAUUAAAACUAGAUGCGAGAAAUUGUCAAGUCGGUGCGAGAAAUUGUAAGCGUCGACGGACUGAAGCUUUCCUAAGGCAACUACAGUUGUUUCCCAAGGAGAGUUAACAGUUCGAACCAAUCGAUUCCUGAGUUUGUUUGCUUAUUUGUAUGAAAAUUUCGACGUCUGUGAUGUUAUAAGUUCGAACGAAUCGACUCACGAGUUUGUUUACUUAUCUGUAUGCAAAUUUCGACGUCUUUGAUGUUGUUAAGGGAACUUAUUCAAUAUUCGGUCGAAUUAUAUUACCCAGUUUCCCCGCGGCAAAAUAACAACAAACUUUAUUGAAUAUUAAAUCUAGAAGAGCAGCUCAUAUGUUGAUCAUGACUUUUGCAGAUGUGGCGGCUCCUAAAAGAGCCAUUUUUAGCGACCUGGAAACGUCCUAAAGACGCAACCAGGGCGCGGUGGCUCCUAAAAGAGCCGUUUUUUGAUGUUCCAGGUUCUGCUUCAGGUUCUGGUCGCCGGGCCGUUCAGGUAACUUUGUGUAUAGACAAGCGAACAAACUUAUCGGUUUCGAACGUGCUUUCGACAACAUACGUUUAUAAAGUUUGAGUACAGACAAGCGAACAAACUUAUCGGUUUCGAACGUGCUUUUGACAACAUACGUUUAUAAAGUUUGAGUACAGACAAGCGAACAAACUUAUCAGCCGAACAUCCUACUCUCCUCGACUAAUCUCUUUAUUGGUGAUUGGUGGCGAGAAGACUUCGCUUGGUGGCGAGUACGUUGGUGGCGAGAUCGUUCCUUGGUGGCGAGUUCGCUGGUGGCGAGUCUGCUUGGUGGCGAGGUAACUGGAUACCUUUGCAACAAGAUCAGACCCCGACACAAACAGCCGCCUAGAAUCAACGGCUUACCGAAGAUUCAUAAGGCCGAUGUACCGCUAAGACCUAUUGUGUCGUGCGCAAACACCUUUGCAUAUGAUUUAUCCGCUUACCUAACCAACAUCUUGUCUCCUUUAACAGGAAACUCAGAGUAA